CGGUUCCACAACUCAUCCUUAUCACUUUCUCAUUUUUUUCUUUUCCCCGUCUCUCUCUCUCUAUAUAUAUUACCUUCCUCUCGCUCUGCCAACCUCCUUUGUCCCCUUCCCAUAGAGCUGAAAAAUUAUUAACUCCAUGGCUUCGGCGAAGGAAAUGGAUCGGAUAAAAGGGCCAUGGAGUCCCGAAGAAGACGAAGCCUUGCGGAAAUUGGUUCAGACUUACGGGCCCAGAAACUGGUCCCUCGUAAGCAAAUCCAUUCCGGGUCGAUCUGGGAAAUCGUGCCGGUUGCGGUGGUGCAAUCAGCUGUCUCCAGAGGUCCAGCGCCGGCCUUUUACGGCGGAGGAAGACGAAAUGAUCAUGAAGGCGCACGCCAGGUUCGGGAACAAGUGGGCCACCAUCGCUCGCCUCCUCAACGGCCGCACCGACAACUCCAUCAAGAACCAUUGGAAUUCGACUCUAAAGAGGAAAUGCUCCGAACCUCCCUCCGACCCUAGGCCUCCGAAAAGAGUCGCCACUGGUUCGGAUAGCCCAUCCGGAUCCGAUUUGAGCGAUUCGGGUUUACCCGCUACGACUCCGAUCCCACUUUACGAAGCUCUGGCAGGGAGCGUAAGCGUGAAGCUGGGUGCAACUGCGUCUUCUUCCGGAAAUGAUAUCGCGACCUCAUUGAGUCUGUCUCUACCAGGACCGAAGAAUGGGCCGGGGGCUGGGCCUGUGAUGAAGGAGAAGCCCAGGAAUGGUGAUUCGGAGCAGUUGUGGAGCAAAGAGUUGUUGAAGGUGAUGCAAGAUAUGAUACGAGUGGAAGUAUGGAAUUACAUGUCUGGAUUGGAACGUAGAGAGGUGUUUACCCAAACGGAUGGCAUUAGAAACUCGGAAAGGUCGAAUACAUUGAGGGAAAGAGGUUGAGUUAGGUAAAAUGUUCUACAACUCAUUCCUGUUUUUUUAUUUUUUUUUUAAAUUACUUUUUAUCAUUAUGAAUCGUAAAUUUUGGUUUGGAUAAAGAAGACAUUUAUGAUAUUUCAAAACUUUAUUUUCUUGUAUUCAAAAGAUUUCUUAACA